CACUCAUACUCACUUACAUUCACAUCCACAUCUUCUCCCCUCUCCUUAAUCAAAAGUGAAAUAACCACCAUGUCUUUGGCAAAGCAGAACUUCUCUUCCGCCUGUGAGGAAGGCAUCAACCAUCAGAUCAACCAAGAACUCCAGGCUUCACAGGUCUAUCUUUCCCUCUCUGCCUGGGCUGGUCAUGUCAACCAGGCCCUUCCCGGUCUUGAGAAGUUCUUUAAAGAGAGCGCUGAGGAGGAGCGUGAGCAUGCUCAGAAGCUCAUUGACUACCAAAACCGUCGUGGUGGCAAGGUCAUCCUUCAAACUCUUCAGGCCCCCGAAUCUGAAUGGUCUUCGGCACGUAACGCUAUCGAGUCCACUCUUCAGCUUGAGAAGGACGUUAACAAGAGCCUGUUGAAUCUUCACAAGAUUGCCGAGGAGAACAAUGACCCUCAGCUCUGUGACUUUAUCGAGUCUGAAUAUUUGGAGGAGCAGGUCGAAGCCAUCAAGAAGAUUGCAGACCUUGUCACCCAACUUAACCGUGUCGGUGGUGAUGGUCUUGGACUAUACCUCUGGGAUCAAAACUUGUUGAAGAAGGACCACUAAAAUAUCUUUUCUUCGCUUCUCUUUCAUUUUUUUUCUCAUCAUCAUCAUCACCAUUUCCUGCCCUCUCCGUCAAGCAAUAUUCCCAUGCAUCCCAUCUGCACAAAAUAUAUGAGUGCAACAACCUCCACCACAUUGUAAUAUAGCACAAUCUUUAAAAACUUUAUAAU